UGGCCUUGGCUGCAUCAGGGAGUAUUUGGGGUAACCCCCUAGCUAGAGAGAUGCACCCACUUAGACUGGCUCUGCCCUGGCUCUGGAGUUCAGUAACUAGCCCCAUUGAGCGGCUUUUACCUCUCUCUCUCUCUCUCUCUCUCUCUAUCUCCUCCUCUGUUGCUGGAAUUUCCAAAGGCGUUCAGGGAGUCGUGCACCAAGUCGGCGGGAGCAGAGCCCACAGCUAACUCCUUGACCAUCUUUUGUGUGACUCCUUUUGCUGGAGCACUUGUGCAUAAGAACUUAUUUAGCAUUUCCCUCCCUCUGCAACUCUGAGAUCUCCCUGCCACUUCCAAAAGAAAGAUCUGACCAGGGGGAUGCCAUGACGGCCGGAAGCGUUGAAGCCAGCAGAGCCAUGAGAAAUCAGGAUCGUCCGGAGAAGAAGUCCCUGGGACAUGCCCCUCCUUCCCGGAGGCAUCGACGCAAGCUGAGGCACAAGCCACCAGCCGAGGUGAGGGUGAAGGGGCAGCUCCGGAUGCGCUCAACCUCUGGAGCCUUCGUGAUGGUGGGCGUCUCCGUUGUCUUGGUCGGCAUGACGAUUGCCGUGGUGGGCUACUGGCCACACCAGGGCCCACAUGCAGCUGGGCCUUCAGCCAGGCCAGUUAACUCCAGCAGCCCAGGGGACAUCAAAAAGCAAGUGAAGGUCUCUGCCCAUGCCCGCUACCUCCCUCACAGCGAGAAGCUGAAGCUGAUUGGCCCCGUUAUCAUGGGCGUUGGCCUCUUCAUUGUCAUCUGUGCCAACACCAUGCUGUACGAGAACAGGGACACGGAGACCCGCCUGUUGAUGCAGAAAGGCCUGUACUCCAUGACCACGGGCCUCCCCCAGGAUCUGAGCCAUGAGGAGAAGUACUGCCAGAGGACUAGCUUGCCCCACCUCAAGGCCAAUGCUGAGUGUGUGGAGGGCUGUUACGAGGUGGAUCUCUCCUCCAGCGGCUUCCAAUCCUCUUCCAAUCCCAGGAACAAGUGGGCUGACUGCUACGGGCCCAGCCGGCUCCAGACAACAGCCCAGCUGCUCCAUCACAAGGGAGUUUCUCCCUCCAUGUCCCUCCUCAGCGUCCGCUCAGACUCUGGCAACUCCAUGGAAGGGAACUUCAAUCCGUCCUUCACCCAGGGGAGCGAGUCAAUCAUUUCCUCAGCCGCUAAUGCCUUGUUGCUUCCCGUCAUAAAGGUGAAUAACUGCCUCGUCGAGAAGCCGGCUGCCUCUCGGAGGGUGAGCGACGAGGGGGGGAGCAGCCUGCCCGGGACGCCAGAUGAGGUGCUGCGGCUCUCCUGGUCUCUUCCACCCGGCCACUCCCCCGGAGGCCGUGACCUCCAGGGUGGCCACGUCGUCAUUAACAUUGACAAUGGGCCUCCCUCCCUCGCGGUGGUCGAGACACUCCUGAACCCAGCAGGCAGCGAGGCCGAAUGCAGCUUAGACAUGCAGCUCCCCAACCCGGGUCACUCCAAGUCGCUGGAUCUUGGGAAGCCGGGGGUGCUGCUGGUGGCGCCCAUCAAAGAGCGGAAGAACAGGAGCUGGCCUAGACUCGACCACAUCAGCCUGGUUGGCUACGCCAAACUGGAGAGCACGGGCGAGUCCUCCGACAGGCUCCUAGAGCCGGCCGAGCCGCAGGGCAGGGGGGAACCCAGCCUCAGCAUGCAGGAGGUGGGAGCAGAAUUGGGCUCACGAGUCUGACUUGGCAGGGGAUGGGCGACGCAGCCAGGCUGCCUGUCCGGCCAUUGCUCGCUUGGCGGACUGCUGGGCAGGUGGUUCUUUGAACAGCUGCUCCAGUGAGGAGGGGGGAGGUCAGUGCUGCUGACUGAGCCUAGUACCGGCCUGAUCCCCCUUCAGGGAGACGCUUCAGGUCUCCCCUCCCCAGAGCCCCCUGGGGCUGAGUCACUGCUCCAGUUCUCAGUGGGCGGGCGUGGCCUGACCUCGCGCCCCCGCUCCCCAGGCUACGUGGGGAAGCCGGGCUUAGCCACUGAAGAGAGGUGGGUGGGGAUCCCCCUACAACGCUGCAGGGGCCCCUUUCCUCAUUGCUCACUGGAAGGGCAGCAGCAGUAGGUGGACGAGGGCGCCACGCUGCUAGGCCCCUGGUCAGUAGCAGGGUUAUUGAAUGUUCCCUCGCCACCCUGAGGGGCUGUCAGUCAUUUUGUACGAUGUUUUAGCAACGGCCUUUGCAAAGCUCCCGUCUCCUGCAGCAAGUUCCAUUUGCCACUGGCCGGCAGGCAGGAUCUCCGCUGGGUGGGUUUCAUUGAGCCCAGAACCUGGCUGAACACAAGGAAGCAACGGGGGCAUUUCCCUAUGUCUGGAUGGGGCUCCCCUGGCCCAGGGCAGGCCCGCGCUGCAGUCGGGGCAUGAUUGCUACUCAGACAGGCACACCCCUGCUAGCUGUAAUGUAGCUAAAACUAGCAGUGAGCCUGCAGCUGCACAGACCUCACCAGGGGGGCUAGGAACAUGAGCAGCGCCUGGGGUCAGGGUGGGUUUUAUGCAGCCUGUACUGCUGUGUCCUUGUUAGCUCGAGUAAAGCUACCCUGCACGUGC